UGAAAUGUUGGUGAAUAGGGCUAAGGAGAAGAAGGGGAAGAGAGUGAUGGAGAAGAAGUCUGUGAGCCAGAGUCCUAACGACUCACUCCCAGACCUAGAUGUCAGCCCUGACCAGGAUGACAGAUAUUGUGUCACUGUGGGAAAUGCAACAGCAUGGAGACCAAGCAGAGCUUCAGGGAAGUCAAGUGAGGAGGAAGAAGACCUUGAGAACUUUUUCAAGAAAAUGAAAAGCCAAAAGAUGACCAAGAAAACAAAAGUGUCCUCAGAAACCUCAGAUUCAGACAGUAUGAAGGAGUUUAUCAAUGAUGACUCCAUCGUCAGCAGUGGCUCAGAGGACGAUGUCUUCUACCUCAAGGUGGACAACACUCAGAAGGAGAAGCGGCCACCGAGGUAUGUUGCAGCACCUGGUGCAAGGAUUCCAGAAUAUCUAACCAACAGUGACGAGGAGUCUGACGAGACUGAUGAAGAUGGAGAUGUGACCUAUGAUGACAGCGAUGAGGAAGAAGAAUAUAGACCAAAGACAUCACAGAAACAAGAGACAAAGGCAAAAGCAAGGACACCUCUACCAAAGAUAGUCCACAGGAAGUACGAGACUCCCAGAGCUCCGAUUGUGUCAUCAUCUCGGAUCCCCAGCUCGGUGGAAUCCAGUGUCACCAGCUCAGCCAGCCGUGUGAAAAUAUGUAGCUUCCUCCAAUCCCUGACUUCCAACCUGCCUGACCACAGGAGACAUCCGGAGGCCUCCACAUACGUGAAACAGUUCAAGAAAUACAAGAUGGAGCUGACUCAACGUCUCUACAAGCUGUACAACCAAACUGUGUUUGAUAAGAAGCUUCCGUCGUCCCUGGACAUUGCGUGGAACAAGCGCCUGCUGAAGACUGCGGGCUACUGCAAAUACAUGAGAGGACACACGGCCAAGGUGGAGCUCUCCGACAAAGUCUGUGAUUCCGCAGAGCGAGUGAGGGACACCCUCAUCCAUGAGUUGUGCCAUGCAGCCUCUUGGAUACUCAACCACAAGAACGAUGGACACGGGCCAUACUGGAAAUACUGGGCACGGAAAGCCAACCAGACCUACCCUGACAUCCCUGUCAUCAGCCGUUGUCAUGACUACGCCAUCACCACCAAGUACACCUACCAGUGUGUCAAGUGUGGUUACAGUAUUGGUCGACACUCCAAGUCUCUGGAUACUGACAGGAAGGUGUGUGGGAAGUGCCAUGGAAAGUUUGAGGUCCGUCUCUCCAAAAACUCAGCCAGCUCAUCUGUCUCAAACACACCCAAGGCACCUCGAACACCCAACAAGUUUGCCCUGUUUGUGAAAGAGCAGUAUGGCACUUAUAAAAAGAACAAAGACUUGAAGCAUAAAGACAUCAUGCAGCUGUUGAGCCAGGAAUUUGCAGUAAAGAACAAACUGACGGCUUAACAUAUUUCAUGGUGCGAUUAGAAAUCAUGAAUAACAUUUUCAGGGAUAAUCAGUCUUGCAAUAAUUCUCAUGUGAUUUGAACAUAGUUUGAAUCUACAACACUAUGAUGGGCUGAACAAAAUAAUCAUGAAUUAUGUAUUCUAGACUUAUAUUUGAUAAUAAAUACAUGUAUUUCUUUGCCAAA